AUGGCUGGCGACAAAUCCAUCCGAGACUUCUUUGCUCCGAAGCAAACACAAGCUGCACCCCAGUCUUCCCUUCCUAAUUCCAAUUUACCAUCCUCACGAGCAAAGUCAACUUCCCAACUUGAAUCCUUUAAUUAUAGUGUUACCAAGGACCACUCGUCAUCUUUUUCAUCCAACCUAUCAUCCCCACUCAGCAGUAAUAAUUCAGCGUCACCAACACGAACGGUUGGACGCAGUAUUCUAGAUCCUGCACCAGGUUUCGCCAGCUCUGGUAGAGAAGUGAGAGGUUCUGACGAUGAAGAGGAUGAUUCAGACUCCUCACUGGAGGAACUCCAGACCAUCUUCGCUACGAAGAGCUCGACGGUGCCAAACACGAAACCAGCCGCACCUUCCACUCCCACAGCGAAAAGAAUCAAAACGACUGAUUACAAUCUGAAUGUUUCUCCAUUGGCCAUAUUACCAAAGUACAGGUCGGAUUUAAAGUCACUCGUGAAACUUGCCCAGCAUGAGAAAGAGACUGAAGAAAGUGCACAGAGAGUCAAGGCGAUGGAGGCCGAUCGAGAAGAGCAAGAGGAAAUAGCUCUUUCUCGAGGAGACAUUGACUUGGCUUCAGCAAAGCUAUCUCACGGGUCGUUACUCGAGUCUGUCGUAGCUCAAAAGGAAGAAGGUGGAUUACGAAAGGUCACUCGUGCUUUAAUGAGGACAGAAGCAACAAGUGUGCAAAAACACUGGUCCUUUUUCUCAACCGAAAAUGAACCCCCGAAAAGCAAGCGGGAAGCUUUCCCAUCUCGUUCAGUUCCAAAAUCUUGGCGGGAUAUGUUGGGAGACCCAGAGAUUCGCCAUCAGACGUUCGUCUCUGGCUAUGCCGAAGACAUGGUAGCAUUAGGAAAUAGUCUACCAGAUGAGCUGUUCAUCUGGAUUCUCAAUGAUGCCAGCUUUGAGCAGGACGACGUUCUGAGGGCAUCGUAUUACAACACUCUUAGAGUAUCAGCAAAAGAGCAGACUAGCAAACUAGUCACACCAGCCAUUAUCGAAAACAUGUUCCGUAGUCUUGGUGCUAACCAGAACGCGCUAUUAAUUGAGGAAGAGAUGACACCAGUACCUGGACGGAAUUCGCUCAGUCAGAAUCACGAUUGGUCGCCUCUGCGCUCAUUUGCACUGUAUUUGGUUCUGAGUGCACAUGCACUGGGACCGGAGUCACGGGAGCUUGCCAUUUGUUUGCUGAUUCGGAUGUUGGCCGAUAGCAUGGUAUACAAAAACAUUGAUCUGCUAGAUUCAAUACAGACUACGGUCCGGUAUCUUUGCAAAUAUAUCGAGGAUGGUGUUUGGGAGGCUUCUUGCCAAAAAAUCUGCAAACUGAUAUUUAAAACUGUCAAAAUUGCUACAAUGUGUUUGCAAAUUGUAGAAGCAUUACCCUCCACCACACCCAGGAUCCAUGACCUUCGGAGGAGACUAGCGCUCUGCUACUUCUACGGCAAUGAAUCUCAUUCUGAACAAAAUCCUCAUUACACUUUAAAUAUAUCCAAAGUUACGAGACGACUGACAGAGGAGGGAUUCCAGCCAAAUCAAGAGACAGAUUAUGUAGAAUUCUCAGCUCUGAUUGCACUUUUAGACAUUGCUGUAGACGAUGGAAGGAAUGUGAAUCUAGAUCUGAAGGAUAAAGCAGUGGCAGAAGGAUUCGAUGAGCAGGUGGAGUUGCUCAUCAAGGUGCUUUCACAUAUUCACGCCGGUAUUGGUAAUCCUGGAGCUGCAUAUAUAUCCCGGAUCGAAGCAAAAGAGAUGCUAGACGUUGUAAAACAGCGAUUUUCAGACACUCUACGUGCGAGGCCAAAGGCUAAAAUUUCACAUUUUAACAAGCCUGCGGAAAAGGUCGAGCUUUUGGGGAGAGAAAGAGCUGGCAUGAGUGCAUUCCUAGCAAGGAGCAAGGCAUAG